UAAAACUUUUAUAGAUGGAGGAAUACAUCUUAAUAACCCAACAUCAACUACAUAUAAUGAAGCUAUCCGAUAUAGUGUGCCACAGAAAAAGAUCUCUGUGCUCUCUCUAGGUACAGGAUACUACUUACCAGAUCCUCAAAACCCUGAUCAAUAUAGAAAUCUACUUUUUUGGAAACAAAAUCUUCCCAAAUUAAUAUCUGCGCAAGAAGAUAACGCUGACCAAGAAAUGUACAACAAGUUAAAAAAUCGCUAUCAACGAUGGCAAGUCUUUUUUAAGGAGCCCGUAGGACUAGAUGAACAUGAAUGUAUUUCUAGUCUUUUAGAAUUAGGCUAUCAAUAUAUAGAAGAGCUUGAUUGUUCCGAUGAAAAUCCUAUCAAUAAGUUG